AUGAUCCAGGCUCUUCUCCAGCGCCUGGCCCGUUGGCUCGACCGGCCGCAAUUCCCAUGGAAGCGCCUGGUUGUCGGCUUUUCUCUCGCAGAGUUUGCCCUCGAAAACUGGCUUCUCUUCCGCCAGUACCGUGUCCUCCAACGCACUUCUAUCCCCAAGGCUCUCGACAAGGAAAUCGAAAAGGAAACGUUUGACAAGUCUCAGCAAUAUGGUCGCGCCAAAGCAAAGUUCAGCUUCAUCUCCGGUGUCUUCAACCAGCUCAAGCACCUAGCCUCUCUCUACUUCAACCUCUACCCGUUUGUCUGGACUGCCGCCGGCACUGUCCUCGCCCGCUAUGCACCUGCUCGCUUCUCGGGCGAGAUAUCGCAGUCGCUCUUGUUCAUGUACAUGCUCGGUUGGAUCGACUUGAUCGCCGGUCUCGGUUUCUCGUACUACCACAGCUUCGUUCUGGAAGAAAAGUUUGGCUUCAAUAAGAUGACGGUCAAGCUCUGGCUCACGGACAUGGUCAAGGGCCAGGCGCUCGCCAUUGCAUUUGGUAUUCCGAUUGGAAGCGCCUUCCUGGCCAUUAUCAACAAGACGGGACAGGGCUUCUUCUACUACCUAUGGAUGUUCAUGCUGGUUGUGCAGAUUACCGGCAUGACUGUCUACCCGAUCCUCAUUGUGCCCCUGUUCAACAAGCUGGAACCGCUCAAGCCCGGCAAACUCAAGGAGUCAGUCGAAGCGCUUGCUUCCAAGCUCAACUUUCCCCUUUCGGAGCUGCAGGUCAUUGACGGCAGCAAGCGCAGCGCUCAUAGCAACGCUUAUUUCACGGGCCUGCCCUGGAUUGGCAAGAAGAAGAUUGUCAUCUACGACACACUGCUGGAAAAGAGCACGGAGAAGGAGGUCGAGGCCGUGCUUGCACACGAGCUCGGUCACUGGAAGAUGAACCACACGUCGCGACUUCUCUUUAUUAGCCAAGCGCAUCUAUUCUACAUUUUUGCCCUCUUCUCCGUCUUCAUCAACAACCGGUCGCUGUACGCAGACUUUGGCUUCCACCGGGAGCAGCCGACCAUUGUUGGCUUCAUGCUCUUCAACGAGAUUCUGUCGCCUACGGACUCGAUCGUCAAGCUUCUCCUCAACAUCUGGACCCGCAGCAUGGAAUACGAAGCAGAUGCUUUUGCCGUCAAACUUGGCUAUGCGCGUGAGCUGGGCGCAUCGUUGAUCAAGCUGCAGAUCCAGAACCUGUCGAGCAUGGAUGCCGACUGGUUCUACUCGAGCUUCCACCACUCGCACCCGAUUCUGACAGAGCGUCUCAAGGCUAUGAAGUGGACGGGCGAGAAGAAGAUUGUGGUUGACAAGGCGGCCGACGAGGACAAGGCUGUAAAGGCAACGGAUCGGGAGCUGUAA